CUGCAGAAAACUGAUGUGACUGAAUUUAAGGAGGUAGAAGAAGAAUAGGAAGCAAAUACCCGGAAAUCAGUCUGAAGGUCUUCUGUUAUGAGUUUAGGAAAUACGACUGUUGAUAACAACCUGAUGUGGAAAUGGGCGUUAAAAUAGAGAUGUUUAGAAUGAUGCUCUAUUUAUCUUUUCCUGUGACCAUGUUUUGGAUCUCAAACCAGGCGGAGUACUUCGAGGAGUAUAUCGUUAAGAGAAAGAGGGAAAUAUUCCCACCGGACGAAGAAUCACGGAGAAAGGAGUUGGAAAACUUUAAAGAGCGGAUGCGCAUUCAAAGGGAGCAACGGAUAUUAAAAAAAAUGUCAGAAAACUGAAGAUUUUGUGGUCAGGAAAAAUAUUUGAAUAUUCGGUGUAAAAACAAAUUUCUGGCAAUAUUUGCUUGAGGAAAAGAGAUUGCUUUAAUCUGGCAUGAGACAACAGAAAGACCUGCAAGACUAAUGGGAUCUGAAGGUGGCAGUUUUCAAGGAUUUGCUUAAAAAUAUGUCAUUAAAUUUAUUAAUGACAUAUUUUAAUACAAGAUUUCUUUAUGUUUUAAUUGCUCUUUUUUUCUUUGGGUAUUUGUAAUAUUAUUAUUUGUAAUACAUAGUUUUCUGGAAGUAUUUUUUUUUUUAUGUGUGAUGCAGAUUAAACAUAUACCCUGAAUGUAUUUUA